GCUAAUAAGCGCGAAGGGUACGCAGGAAGUUAGAGAGUGAAAGAAGUGAAUUGAAGCCAGAAUCCGUCUCAGGGGUGGAUAUGCUUCCUUACUCGACGGCUGCCGAGGCGGAGGCCGCGCUGGGGCGGGCCAUGUCCUACGCGGAGGGCGCGUGGUUUCGGUACUCGGCAGGGAUGCCGGACUACUACCUGUACUGCCACAUCGUCCCCAUGCUCCUCCUCGUCUACACGCUGUCGUCGGUCCCCCUCGCACUUUUCGAGCUCGGCGCGCCGUCCAUCGCUCUGCGAUACAAGCUGCAGCCCCGGGUGAAACUCUCGCCGUCCGCCUUCCUCCGGUGCUACAUGGACACCAUGGGCCUCUUGCUCGUCACCAUUGCUCCGCUCCAUCUCGUCUCCUAUCCUGCCAUGGCGGGCAUCAGGACGGGGCUUCCGUUGCCGUCCGUGGGGGAGACAGUGGCGCAGCUGGUGGUGUACUUGCUUGUGGAUGACUAUCUCGGCUACUGGAUCCACCGUCUACUGCACGCCAAGUGGGGAUACGACAACAUCCACCGCGUCCACCAUGAGUACACGGCGCCAAUCGCCUUCGCCGCGCCCUACGGGCACUGGUCCGAUGUGCUCAUCCUUGGAGCACCCUCCCUUGUCGGCCCGUCCAUUGUGCCAUGUCACAUGACAACCCUCUGGCUCUGGUUGGUAAUACGCCAGAUAGAGGCCAUCGACACCCACAGUGGGUUUAAGUUCCCGUUCAAUCCGACAAACUAUAUCCCGUUCUAUGGAGGAGCAGAAUACCACGACUACCAUCACUUUGUUGGGGAGCACAGUCAGAGCAACUUCUCAUCCCUUUUCACCUUCUGUGAUUAUUUGCAUGGAACGGAUAAAGGAUACAGGUACCAUAUGGCAAACUUAGUGAAGAGUACUAAGAAGAUGAAGGGGGCGGCUACGACUACUAUGGCGACCCCAAGGAGUGAGGCCAAAUGAACCACAUCGACUAUCUAUGCUUGGGAUGGAGUUGUUGUGCAUUGUUACUUUAUGCUGCUUUUAUGAAUGUAAUAAAAGUCAUGAGACAUUUUAAAAUGUAUGCCUU